CACAAUCCCCGCGGACAGCGGGUACCGUGAUCUGCGUGUGGAGACCGCGGCGUUCCGGAGUGCUGUGUAACGGGCGGACCGAGGGAUCUCACCGCUUCCCCGCCUUCAUGUUCCCGGGAGAGACGGACUGAGGAAAAGCGGAGAAAUGGGCUCCCGUAUCAAGGACAGCCCUGAGACCACCUUUGAGGUGUACAUGGAGGUGGGCCAUUCUGGGACGGUGGGCACAGAGCCGGAGGUGCGGAGAGUUUUUCCUGACGACUAUGCUGAGCAGGAAACUCUGCAGACUGUGCCUAAAUUCUGUUUCCCCUUCAGUGUGGACAGUCUGGCGGUGGGGCAGGUGGGGCAGAACUUCACCUUUGUUCUGACUGAUAUUGACAGUAAGCAGCGUUUUGGGUUCUGCCGUCUGUCGUCUGGAGUUCAGAGCUGUUACUGCAUCCUGAGUUAUCUUCCGUGGUUUGAGGUGUUCUACAAGCUGCUGAACGUGCUGGCUGACUACACCAUUAAAGGACAGGAGAGUCAGUGGAGGGAGCUGCUGGAGUCUCUGUAUGCGUUACCGAUCCCUGAACCUGGAGUCCCUGUACACCUGAGCGUGCAUGCCUUUUUCUCAGUGCCUGAUCUGAGGGAGUUGCCAAGUAUUCCGGAAAAUAGGAACCUGACGGAGUAUUUUGUGGCAGUAGAUGUGAAUAACAUGCUGCACCUGUACGCCAGCCUGCUGUACGAGCGCCGCGUCCUCAUCAGCUCCAGCAAACUGAGCACUUUAACAGCGUGUGUCCAUGGUGCUGCAGCCAUGUUGUAUCCCAUGUACUGGCAACACGUUUACAUCCCAGUGCUGCCGCAACACCUGAUAGACUACUGCUGCGCGCCGAUGCCGUACCUCAUAGGAGUUCACUCCAGCCUGAUGGAGAAGGUCAGAGGAAUGGCUCUGGAUGAUGCUGUUAUUCUUAACGUGGACACCAACACGCUGGAGACGCCGUUUGAUGACCUGCAGAGUCUUCCUAACGACGUGGUGUCUUCUCUGAAGAAUCGCCUGAAAAAGGUUUCCACGACAACAGGAGACGGAGUAGCCAGAGCCUUUCUGAAAGCACAGGCUUCUCUGUUUGGGAGCUACAGGAGUGCUCUGCGCAUAGAACCGGAGGAGCCGAUUACGUUCAGUGAGGAUGCGUUCAUCACACAUCGGUCCAGCACCAUGAGACAGUUCCUCCAGAACGCCAUCCAGCUCCAGCUGUUCAAACAGUUUAUAGACGGGCGCCUGGAGCUGCUGAACUCUGGUGAAGGGUUCAGUGACGUGUUCGAGGAGGAGAUUAAUAUGGGGGAAUAUGCUGGCAGUGAUAAAGUUUAUCACCAGUGGCUUCUCACAGUGAAGAAAGGCGGUGGAGCCAUCUUCAACACCGUGAAGACGAAAGCAAAUCCUGCCAUGAAAACCGUCUACAAGUUUGCCAAAGAUCACGCAAAGAUGGGCAUCAAGGAGGUGAAGAGCCGCCUGAAACAGAAGGAACUGACGGAGAAUGGUUACUCUGGCAGCAGAGACGAAGCUGGCUCCGCCCACAUACCCUCCACACACAGUAAGGACUCGCUGACCUGGGAACAGAGACGACCAAUCACGGUGCACUUCGGACAGUCGGAGCGAGGUCAGCCCCCUCAGCCCGCCCGCCCCCAGCGCCCCCCUGCCCCGCAGCGCCCCCCUCCCCCCCACCCCUCCAAACUGCAGCGCAGCAGUCGCCCAGCUCGUCCUCCUCGGCCGCUGGUGGCGAAGAGGCCGCGCAGUAACGUGGGAUUGGAGGGCAGUCCUGAACACUAUAUGCGUCCUACGCGUCACUACACUGUGUUUCUGUGUGAGGACUCUUCUGGUGAUGAGCUUCCACAGGACGACGACUCCGUCUCUGCUUUUCCUGACCACUUCCUGCUCUCCGCCCCCUUUGAAUGGCCUCAGCCUUACAGAUCUCUUAAGGAGGCGGAGCUUGUGGAGGAGGGUGAGGAGGUGAGGGCAGAGCGUUUCCAGGGCAGCACCGCCCCACCCAGCCCAAUACAGGAUAAAUUCUCUGAGCUGAAUCUGUUGGAGAAUUUCUUCAGCACCCAGCAGGGGGAGCCCUCGCACGCUUCCCGCACUAAACUCUACACUCACGUGCCGCUCGGUCCAGCGCGGAGUCUGGAGGAGCUCAGCUCAGUGUCCGAGACGCAGGAACAGCGCGCCAACUUCAACUAUCAGCGGAUGGAGCUCAGCGGCGAUGAACGCACUCGGACUCUCCCGGGACUCAAGCACUCCAGUUACAACAAGCUGCGCAGCCAGAAAGGGCCGGACGAUGUGACCGUUUCUGGCCGUGAGUCUCCUUGUUGGGAGCGGCCUCUGUCCGUUCCACCCCUGGAGCCACCAGAGCCUCGCCCACCCAGCAGCGAGAUUCCCGCCCUUACUCAGGAGAGCACAGAGAGGCCGGAGACUGGCAGCAUCACCAUCCCGCGCCCUCAGGGCCGCAAAACGCCCGAGCCGGGAACGGUGCUGGCGCCUGCCAUCACCCUGCUGCAGGGCCUGAGGCAGGGGGACAAGGAGGUGGGGCUAAGCGUGAGCGCAGGGGGCCAGGAGUUCCGCCAAGCACUCAACAUGUCCCCUCUGUCACAGCCCCACCCAGCCAGUGUGGAUUCAGAGCCCGACUUGCUCAGCCUGCUGGACCCUCUGAGUGGUGCAGAAGAACCCCGCCCACCUCCCAAACCUCCUGUCCCACCACGGCCUGCCCUGCCCACGUUCCCACCCCCUCUUUCCCUCAACCCCUUUACACAACACCCCCCGUACACCCUUCAGAGACACUACAGCCCUGUCGCUCCCAGCAACCCCUUCAGCUCCACUUACGUGCCUCCUCAAACUGGUACGUACUUCAACUCCCAGCCUCCCCGCCCUCUUUCAGUGUUUAGUCAGCCUUCUGUUUUGGGUGGAACUCAGGCAAGUGGGGCGUGGCCAGCUGCCAAAAUCCCGCCCACUUCCAGCAGCAGCAGCUCUCUCUCUACCUUGUUAGAUUCUCCGGCUCCGCCCUCUCUGAGCCAGGCUCUGCCACCUUCCAAACCUGUAGAUGCGCCUCAUGACCCCUUCUGUGACCUGCUCACCAUGGCAACCAUGCCCACCGCUGUGUCCACGCCCCCUAAGAAAAGAGUGGAGGACUUGCGGAGGAGGUGGGAGACUUUUGAUUAGCCUUGCGCACACCUUACCUCCACUGCUGCUACUGACCUAUGAGGGACAGCACUCAUCUGUUAACUACUGGGUAUUUUUUAAAGGACUGCGCCCUCUGUUGGCCUGAACGCCCUGCUACACGUGUGCGAGUGAGUGUGUGCGUACACUAAUGCUCAAACUGCAGCUGUUCGUUUUCCCUGAGUUUAUGAACCGACCUCGGACAAAAACAGGCCUUCGGCUGACCUCGCGUGCUGUCUACUAGAAUGUGGAAAGGUGAAAGGUCAUGCACGAAGUAGUUUAGCUCAUCAUUUAUCUAAUAGCAUCCAGGCUAAUAGUACAGUUUGUAUAGCUACCACUCUGACGUCGUAGCUGUUGUGGUGUGUAACUGUCUAUCCGCCCCUGCAGGCUUUCUUCAUCACGUCGUGCUGUUAGUUUCUCACUGAAGCGGCUGUUUGGGGUCAGUGUGAAGGUCAGGGGUUUGGAUUAACGUGCCACACAAACUAUGACGCCUUCCUCAGCUGACACUGCAGCGUUUCCCAGACCUUCUAACACUAUCAUAUAGUCCUGUCCCAAAACCGGAGCCCUUAAACAGGUUUCCACUGAUGAACCUAAACCCCAGUCAGCAGUGACUACACUACACAACAUCCACCACGUCCACUGUGGCCUGAACAUCAGGCGCUAAACGGACUCCAGGGCUGCGCGACGUUGCGGUGCUGAAUAAAUCACGUGACGAUGUGCUUUAAGAUUGAUCGGCAUUAUUUUGACCAAAAGUAUUAUUUUGCCUCGAUUGAUGUGCAGAAACACUGGUAGGCAGCUGUGAUUGGUCAGGACGCUCACAGCACAGUAGUGACAGACACUAUGAUUGGUUAAAGGCAUAUUUGCUGCAACAGAUAUUGGAUAUCAUCAAAAACUGACCACACCUGACCAAAGAGGUUUUCGUGUAUAAGAUGAUGGUUAUAAAUGCCUCUGCUUCCUCCAGCGUUGCCAGAUUGUGCAGGAUUAGGUAGCAUUUUUAUGAUGCUUCGUAUGGAAAUUGUCCAUCAGUGAUGUUUUUAUAUCAAUAUUUGUUAUAACAAUAUUAAUGUCAGUGAUAUUUGUAAUAAUAAUAAUAAAAUAAACAUUUUAAAAAAUUCUUACAGAAUGUUAACGAUACUGGAUAGAAUAUAAAAU